CCUCCACAACACAGACAUGUCCUGCUACGACAUCUGCCGCCCCUGCGGACCCACCCCGCUGGCUAACAGCUGCAACGAGCCCUGUGUCAGGCAGUGCGAGGACUCCCACGUCGCCAUCCAGCCUUCCACCGUGGUGGUCACCCUGCCAGGACCCAUCCUCAGCUCCUUCCCCCAGAACACCGCCGUUGGAUCCUCCGCAUCAGCUGCCGUGGGCAGCAACCUCAGCGCCCAGGGAGUGCCCAUCUCUGGAGGCGGCUUCGGAGGCUUUGGCCUGGGAGGCUUGGGAGGCUAUGGCUUGGGAGGCCUGGGCUGCUUCUCUGGCAGAAGAGCCUGCUACCCCUGCUAAGGACCCACGCCAGGACCCCUGACAGCAGCUAACAAUGC